GAGGAAAGUUGGUGCUGGGCAUGUCCAUGGCAGCUCCAGCGGCUGGGGCCUGCAGGGAGGAGCCGAUUUGCGGUGAGCAGGAGCUGGGGAAACGGAAGCUAUCGGCCGGGGAGAGGCCUGACGCCGGGAAGAGGCUAAAGGAGGAUCCCGGGGGAGAAGUGAAUCAGAAACCCCCCAAGAGGAAGGUGGUGCUGCUGCUGUCCUACUCUGGGAAAGGCUACCAUGGCAUGCAGAGAAAUGUUGGAUCAUCCCAGUUUAAAACGAUUGAGGAUGAGUUGGUGAAGGCACUUGUAAAGGCCAAAUGUAUCCCAGAGAACCACGGUGAUGAUAUGAGGAAGAUGUCCUUCCAGAGAUGUGCACGGACAGACAAGGGUGUUUCUGCUGCUGGUCAAAUUGUCUCUCUGAAACUCUGGCUCAUCGAAGACCUGUUGGAUAAGGUCAAUGCACACCUACCAGCAGGCAUUAAAAUACUAGGACUGAAGAGAGUAACUGGGAGAUUCAACUCAAAGAAUACCUGUGAUGCUCGGACCUAUUUCUAUAUGCUGCCAACCUUCUCCUUUGCCCACAAAGACUACGAUAGGCAGAAUAUAGAGUACCGUCUCAGCAGUGACACACUGAGCCAUGUCAACAGGCUAUUGGCCAGCUACAAAGGGACCCACAAUUUCCACAACUUCACGUCCGGGAAGGGUCCGAGAGACCCCAGCGCUAAGCGAUACAUAAUGGAAAUGUAUUGUGAAGAGCCAUUUGUGAGGCAAGGCAUGGAAUUUGCUGUCCUGAAGGUGAAAGGACAAAGUUUCAUGAUGCAUCAAAUUAGGAAAAUGAUUGGAUUAGUGAUCGCCAUAGUGAGAGGUUAUGCCCCAGAGUCCAUCAUGGUCCGGAGCUGGGGUGAGGAAAAGGUUGAUGUCCCAAAGGCUCCCGGACUGGGGCUUGUAUUGGACACGGUCCAUUUUGAGAAGUACAACAACCGUUUUGGCAACGAUGGAGUUCACCAGGCACUAGAGUGGCAAGACAUUGAGGACCAAAUCAUGGGAUUUAAAGAAGAUCAUAUCUAUCCAACCAUCAUCCAGACUGAAAUUGAGGAGCAGUCCAUGGCCAACUGGCUGAGUACGUUACCAAUCCAUGAUUUCAGUGCCACAGCAUCAGGAGUUCAGAUUAAUCAGAAUCACAUCAAGAAGGUGACUGAAGAUUUGGAUGAAGGCAGCGAUGGAGGUGACUCUGACUGAGCUGGUGGUAAAGUUUGGACAUGCGAGUAACAGUUCCACAGCCAACUGGUGGGAGCAGAGACCGGAGGGAACAGAGCAAUCGUUGGAAAUCUCUCCUUGCAGUGUUUGUGCGAGGCGCUUGAAUAGGCUACUCUACAAAACGAGAAGGGCCCAAGAUGAGUUUUCUGUUUAAAUUUCACUCUCUAUUGAGAUGAUUUAACUUUGUGACAUACCCUUGAUUUUGUUUAUAAUUAUUGCUCAGUUGGCAGUUUAAAGGAGCAAUAAUAUUUGGAGGAGUUUGUUUCCAGUUUAAAUCCAUUACACAUUGCAGGGGUGAGUAAGGGACAGGAGAUGCACAGAAUGGAUACAGUGCAGGUGGUCAUUUGGCCUGAUGUAAUUAAUUCUGAAAGGAAUAGUCAGUUAGUUCCAGCUCCCUACUUUUAACACUGCAAACUUUACACCUGUAAUUUUAAUCAAAUUAUUUUAGAAAAUUGCUACUGAGUCUUCAUGUGACAAUUUCAACAGACUGCGAGAAUAGCCAAAUUAAGGGGACAUCUUUCGAACUUUACUGUUACUCAGAUAAUCAUGUCUUAUGUUGAUGUUACUUUCAUGCAUUGAUAGAAUAUUGGAUCUGAGAAUCAUAGCUUCAACACACGAACACAGUCAAAGCUUUAUUGUAUCUGAACUUCAGGAUUGUGUCGCUGCGCGGCAUUUAAGCUGAUGUGUUUAUUUCAAAAUAAUAAAAGUGAAAGACGUUCACCCAAAA